AUGCCGCCGCGCUGCCGAGGAUCUUCGGGCUACCGCGGCAUCCGCGAGCGCCCCUCCGGUGCCUACUACACUGAGAUCCGGUCCGGCGACGUCCGGCUCGGCCUCGGCACGUUCGAAACCCCGCACGAGGCCGCCCGCCCGUACGACACGGCGGCGUGGCGCCUAGAGAGGCCUCGCGCGCAUAUGAACUUCCAGGACGUCUACACGCGCGAGCAGGCGCAGGCCGCCGCCCCUCCUCCUCGCCUUAUCAAAGACUUGGACCGCGCGGAGGAUGAGCGAGCUAUGGCGGAGUGGCGCCGGCGCCACCCGGAGGAUGUCGCCAACGAGCGUGCCUUCUGGGCAGAGAGGAUGGCAAGGCGCCGCGCGAAGCGGGCGGACCGGCGUCGGCGGAAGGCACUGGCCAUAUCGCAGUGCGAUCUCGUCAACGCCGGUGGGAAGUCGUUCUUCUCGUCAGACGAUGAUCGUUGGGAUGACGUGUGGCUCUCUACCUCGGACAACACCAACGAAGGUGAUGAUGAUGAGGACGACUCGGAGUAG